CUGAGAGAUUCCGAGGCAUCUAAGUAAGAGACUCCGAAACAUGUAUCUGAUUAAACCACUUUUAGCGUCCUUAGCAAUUGCUUUUACAUGCGGAGACCCUCGAAUAAUAACACCUGUCUUCAGGGCGGUUAACUUUGCCAGAGAAAUAAGGGGACGACGUCUUAAUGGAAGUGUUUUUAGAGAAAUAGAAGUGGAUUCUGAGGGUCUAUGUCAACUGCAGUGUGUGGAAGAAAGUUCAUGCGUCUCUUACAACUUUGGAUCCAGAACAAAUAAGAAGUUUAAAUGUCAACUAAGCGACUCUGAUCGCUUCACUAACUUCAAGAAUUUCACCAAAGACAACGAAUUUCUGUACAGAGGAGUGAUGAGCGAUUGUGAGUUCAAUUCUUCCCUUUGUGCAAAAAACCAAAUCUGUGUUCCCAAUUAUAAAGACAACACUGCAGAAUGCAAAUGUGGUUAUGCAUCUGGAUAUACUGGAAAACCAUGCGUUACGCAUACGGCAGAAGCACUAAGCUGCCAGCACCUCCUUAAAGAUGGCGUCACAUCCAGUGGAGUGUACACGAUCAAUCCAGAUGGAGGCAAACCAAUUCAAGUGUUGUGUGACAUGGCCACGGACGGUGGAGGUUGGACCAUUUUUCAGAGACGUUUGGACGGCUCCGUUGACUUCGAUCGAGACUGGAAAACUUACAAAGACGGGUUUGGAAAUCCGAUCGGCGAGUUCUGGCUCGGAAACGACAAUCUUCACCGUUUGACAGCCACUAAUGACGUCAUGUUGAGAGUUGACUUGGAAGACUUUGAGGGGAACAUCACGUACGCUAAGUACGCCACUUUCAAUGUCACAGACGAGGCAGAAAAUUACACGCUCACACUUGGAGGAUACACUGGCGAGGCGGGUGACUCCUUCACAUCUCAUAGUGACAAUCAGUUUUCCACCAAAGAUCGAGAUAAUGACCAGUCACCAUUCUAUCACUGCGCACGGGAUGAUCAGAAAGGAGGCUGGUGGUUUGAUAACCCUCAGUGUGUUCAAUGCAAUCUUAACGGUUUGUAUAACGUUACCAGCGGCCAAACAGGGGUUAUCUGGAAGGACUUCCGAGGCCUUUACUAUUCACUCAAACGUUCUGAAAUGAAAAUCAAGCCCAAGGAUCAAUGAUGUGUACCUAUGUGUGCUUCCAUUAUCUUAUUACUGAUUUACUAAAAGCUUCUGCAAGUUCACUUACAAUACCAACUUUAUUGACAUUCCAAUAAAUGACUUUUGAAUGUCAAUUUACAAAAACUGAAAAAUUCACAGAUAUAUAUAUAUAUAAACGAUCACCUUUCAAUCAACUUCCAACUUUAACUUUCGAUUUUAUCAUUCAUCAGUAAAUUUCUGUAUCCAAAUAAACUUGAGCUUCUUUUUGAAAGUAGUGAUAUUUACAACAGAUUUUAAAGAGGUGUCUAAAGUCUAAAGUCUCAAAGGCUUUAGUUUAAGACUGUAACUUCAACGGGAAAAAUUAAAAUAACACAGCUCUUAUCCACCAUUCCUGGAGUUGAUCGAGCUUAGCCUAAUCAUUGACAAU